GCUCCUAUUGGACAAACACGCGGAAGUGAAGAGAACACUCGGCUAACAACAACCAGGGAGCCAGUUCUACCCUGUCAUUGAUUUGUUUCUGUCUCCUGGAGGUGUUUUUAAAUCAGACAUGGCUCUACCGCCUCAGCUCAAAGCCAUCCAGCACCACCUGCGGACCGCACAGGAACAUGAGAAACGGGACCCGGUCGUCGCGUAUUACUGUCGGCUGUACGCCAUGCAGACUGGCAUGAAGCUGGACAGUAAAACUCCAGAGUGCCGGAAGUUCCUGGUCAAACUCAUGGACCAGCUGGAGACGAUGAAGAAGGAGCUGGCGGACAACGAAUCCAUCAGUCAGGAGGUGGUCGGUAACGCCCACAUCGAAAACUACGCCUUAAAGAUGUUCCUCUACGCCGACACCGAGGACCGGGCGGCCCGGUUCCAUAAGAACAUGAUAAAGUCUUUCUACUCCGCCAGUCUGCUGCUGGAUGUUUUGUCUGUGUUCGGGGAGUUGUCAGAGGAGAACAUCCAGCACAGGAAGUAUGCCCGCUGGAAGGCCACCUACAUCCACAACUGUCUGAAGAACGGAGAGACGCCUCAGGCCGGGCCCAUCGGCAUGGACGAGGACGGGGAAGCAGACGAGUACGGAGCUGAAAGUUCCUCGGGUCACGGUUUCUCCCACAUGGGCUCCUUCAGGGGCGGGCCUUCCUCUGGGUCCUUCGAGGACCAGGACCCAAGUUUGGGUCCGGGUCCAGCUCCAGGGAUCGGCUUUACUCCAGGGCCAGGAUUGGACCCAACGGGCCGGCCUACCACAAACUUCAACAACAUCCACAUCCCACCAGGAGCCCACGCGCCAGCCAACACUCCCGCCGAGCUGCCUCCACCCACAGCAGAAGCCGUGAAACCAGUCCCUCUUCCCAGAUCAGUGCCCACCGUCGACCCUACACUGAUCCACGGCCAGCAGCAGGGCGGAGUCCAUCUCACCCCGGAGGACUUCACAAAGGCUCAAAAGUUGUGCAAGUACGCCGGCAGCGCCCUGCAGUACGAGGACGUUGGCACGGCCGUGGAGAACCUCCAGAAAGCCCUGAGGCUCCUCACCACCGGCAAAGAAUGAAGCCUUUGUCCUCUCAUCUGAUCCCUCCAUCCCUCCUUCCCUCCUUCCUUCCUUCCAUCUCGCUUCUUUUCUCCACAGCAGUGCCACUCUAUCUGUCACUGAUCUGGCCCACGGCGAGCUGAAGAUGCAGGCACACGUACGCACACACAAACUGACAUAGACAGACACACACACGGGCAUGCACACACACACACACACACACACACACACACACACACAGCGAACAGAGCCUCGGCGUCAGAAGAGGACAUGAUGGAAAUCAGUCGGCAACAAUGGCCGCCUGUGUAUCGACAACAACUGACUGCACAACACCCAGGCUCUUUGAGUGAUUAUUAUUAAUAAUCGCAGCUUCAUUAUGAACGACCAAGCGCCUAAAGGGGAAAGAUACUUUCUGGUGAGCACAGGAAACCAAUCUGAGUACCAGUCAGGUAUUCAUCCUCCUGAAAACCAAAUGCUCCUGAACGUGUCACCAACACACAUGAAGACAAUAAGGCAACUGUUAUUUCACGCUCUGAACGGGAAAUAUUGUGUAUCCAGGCUUUGAUUUGUAGAGAUUUCCAUAAUACAUUAUAAAAUCUGUAUUAAAGGACAAUUCCGGUCCAUUUUAGGUCUAUUGUUUGUACAUUAGGAGUGCUGUCAGUAGCAAGAAACACUAAAACAAUCAGUGCUGUCUACACCCAGCUAUCCUCGUGCUAGAGGGAACACAGUGAAUCGGACUGCUGUAGAGGUGACAGAAAUGCCUAAAAGUUGUGCUAGUUUAGUUCCUGUGUUGAUACUGCUAGGAGUGCUUCGGGACCGUCUACAAACUACAACACAGGAAAGAGAAACAUACUAGUAAGUGCUGUAGUACAACCAGCAGGAGACACGUUAUAAUUGAGGUAAGUUUGGAGACACUACCUUAUUUUGUCAUUAAAUUAAAUGAUAGCAUGCAUAUUUUAGUUUCAUCUCCUUUUUGUGUUGUAGUUUUUAGACAGUCCCUAAGCUCUUUAACUGCCUCUCAACACAGGCACUAAAAUGCUGAAUUAGCACAACUUUCAUGCACUUCUGCCUCAUCUACAGCAGUCAGAUUCACUGUGUUCACUCAGAAGGAAUCACUGCACACGAGGGACACUUUUAAUGACUUUUUGAACAUGUUUAGAGGCUAAAAACAUAUUUAAAACCUGCCCUAUUUAAGCCUGUUGGCUGCUUACUCUAGCAGGAGGAUAACAUGGUGUAGACAGCACCGGUUGGUUUAGUUUUUCUAUCUACUGACAGAACUCCACAUUAACAAACAACAGAUCUAAAAUCAACCGGAAUUCCCCUUUAAGUGGCAGCAGGGCGGGCAACCGUAGUACUCCAUUUGCAUCCUUAAAUGAAAUCUGCCAUGCAAGAAGUCUGCGUGCUUUUCUCCCUGAUCAUAAAUAAUUUUGCUUGAACCUUUACUAGUUCGCAGCAGCCUUAUUGAAUGUUACCUCAUUAUUUUGAGUUCUAAGUAGUAGUAACUGUUUCGAGAUUUGACGUUCACACUGUCCAUCCUGCACGCCUUUGUUUUCAAGCAGAGUGUGAAAUAUUAAGAUGUUUGCAGGACUUUGUUAGCAUCAUUUCUGCUAGCUUUAGAUUGGUUUCUCGUGCGCACCAGGAAAGAUUUUUGUGUGUACAAGAAAGUAUCUGAUAUGUACUAGAGAGUAUCUGUAAAAGAGGAUUUCGGAGGCCAAACCGCCCAAAUGUCUUUCCGGCAAACAGACCCAUCAGUAAAACACUGACUUGGAUUGUUCUGGAUGAUUAAAACCCGACGCUUUGCUUCAUUCAUCACCGGCUCCUAACUUCACAACGUAAUACAUGACAAAGUUAGUUGGUGUUAUUUCACCGGCGGUUGGUGAGUGUGCGGGCAUCAGUUUAAAUCCCUGCUCAUACCGUAUGUACGGUGUGUUUAGAGUGCAUGGAGAAAUCACCAUGCACUCCCUCUCAGAUUAUUAUUCUAAGUGUCUGACAGCAUUAUGGAAAGGAUUUCUAAAGAGGUCAACCUUUCUGUUAAAAAGAUCCUUUUUUUUUUUUUUAAUAAAAACAUCCGGCAAAUUGCGUUCGCUAAACCCACCAGACUCCAUCUUAAUCAACAGGAAUUUUAACAUCGUAAACUACACUUUAUUCAAAGUCAAUAGAAACAGAAUAAAA